UGGCACCUGUGUGUCGCCUACGAAUGACAUCAUCUUCAAGUUCGGCCAUUUGGCGUUUGAGGCAAUAAUGGCUGUAUUAUUAGAAACGACAUUAGGGGAUAUCGUUAUAGAUUUGUAUACUGAAGAAAGGCCAAAAACUUCUCUGAACUUUCUGAAGUUAUGCAAAAUCAAAUUUUACAACUACUGCCUCAUUCACAAUGUUCAGAGAGACUUCAUCAUACAGACUGGAGACCCUACUGGGACUGGCCGGGGAGGGGAAUCAGUAUUCAGCGUACUGUACGGAGAUCAGGCGCGCUUUUUCGAUGCUGAGAAAGUACCCAGGAUCAAACACAGGAAAAAGGGAACGGUCUCCAUGGUGAACAAUGGCAGUGACCAACACGGGUCUCAGUUCCUUAUUACCACAGGGGAGAAUCUGGACUACCUGGAUGGGGUUCACACUGUGUUUGGAGAAGUAUCAGAAGGAAUGGAUGUCCUGGCCAAGAUCAAUGAGGCAUUUGUGGACAAGGACUUCAUCCCUUUCCAGGACAUCAGAAUUAACCACACAGUGAUCCUGGAUGACCCCUUUGAUGAUCCAGCUAAUCUACCAGUUCCAGAUCGUUCUCCUGAACCAACCAAGGAGCAGUUGGAUAGUGGCCGGAUUGGAGCGGAUGAAGCUAUAGACGACGGCAAGGGGAAGGCUGAGGAGGAAAUCGAUGAGCUUCUGAAGGAGAAGGAGGCGAAGACUCAGGCCAUUCUGCUGGAGAUGGUGGGUGACCUGCCCGAUGCAGAAGUGAAGCCUCCUGAGAAUGUUCUCUUUGUGUGCAAACUCAAUCCAGUCACCACAGACGAAGACCUGGAGAUCAUCUUCUCUCGUUUUGGCACCAUCAAGAGUUGUGAGAUAAUCAGAGACUGGAAAUCUGGAGAUUCACUUUGUUAUGCUUUUAUUGAGUUUGAAAAGGAAGAGGACUGUGAAAAGGCCUACUUCAAAAUGGAUAACGUGCUGAUUGAUGACAGAAGGAUACAUGUGGAUUUCAGCCAAUCUGUGUCCAAAAUUAAAUGGAAAGGCAAAGGUGGGAAGUACACCAAGGACGACUUCAAGGCCUAUGAGAAAGAUGCGGAAAACCGAACCAAACUAGCUCUCAAAGACAAAUUAAAACCCAGUCAAGAAUCCAAGUAUGACCUCGUUUUAGAAGAAGAGGAAGAAGCAGCGAGCCAUCGGCAUUCUGGGAAAAAGCACAAAGAGAAGAAGCGGCAUUAUUCUAGCGAUGAGGACAGCAGAAAAUCAAAGAAAUCCAAGGAUGGCGAUAAGAGCCGGUAUGAUAGGAAAGUGGAUCGACCCCGGUCCCGGUCGCGAUCCCGGUCCCGCGACAGGGCCAGGGACAAGCACCAGCACCAGCACGGUAAGCCCCGGGACCGGCAGCACCAGGAGCACAGCCGGAGAGACCGCAGCCGCAGUCACAGCCCCAGGAAGGCCAAGGACAAAGACCGCAGCCGGCACCGGUGACCCAAACGUCCCGUCCGUCCGUCCGUCUGUCGCCGUCCCUGGGGGAGCCGCCUCGGAGUCCGCCUGUCUCUCGGAGGCCACCUCGGCUCGUCUCCAUGGACACCGAGCCACCCACGUCGACCGUCGCCCGUUCAAGCCCUGCCGUUAAAUCUUUCUACGUGCUCACAAGCUUCCCCCUGUUGUCAAGCGUGCGCUCACGGUGCCCAGACUAAAAAGAAAAGCAUUUCCACCGAAAGGGAGGACUGGGUACCAUCUGUAUUUUAAUAUUUAAACGCCGCGGACUUCGCCGUGCUGUGGUGAUUCAUUUUUUCCUGCUACCCCUAUUGCUUUCAGCUUUUGUUUUCUGUGUGCAGUGACCUUUUGCUUUUUGUCUGCCCGUUUCUGUUUCACAGGUGACUCGCUCCUUAUCAUAAAAUCCGCUUUGCAUUUUUAUUGGCCUCUAGCUGUGGCUGCCCCUCCCUGCGUCGCCCCCGUGCCGUCUGCUUGCUUUCAUGUUGGAAGCAUUUCGUUCCGGGUUCUGUUGCGGCAAAGUUAUUUACGGGAUGUAUCCCUAGCAUGAUAAAAAAAAAAUCUUGAGAUCGUAUUUGCCGCAGAGCAAAAAAUAGGGGUGAAAAGAUUAGAUUGUGAGUAACUGAGCAUUGUGCUAUGCGUCUAGCACAUUGUGAAGGACCGGAUUCCACAGUCGACCACAUGUACGUUAUAUUGCCCUCUUGUUUCAGCUUGUACAUUGCUCUUGUUACGUACUAACGGGGAAAUUGAUGAUCUUUUAUAUGAUUGCUUUUUGUACAAUAAACACAGUGGGUGCGGGGGAAGAUAAAUGA